GGCGGAGAAGUUCCAGAAGAAGAAGAAGAAGAAGAAGAAGAAGAAGACUCCCAAACAGAAGAAGAGAAGUACCGGUGCUGUUACCGGAGGCUGCAGUCUGAUUGUGACCCAGAGUCGGUGUUGAGGAGUCAAAGUGUUCCGGUUGAUGAAGAUGGACUCGGCGGCGGCGGAGAUCGACGGCAGCUUGAUGGAGGGAGGCGGACAGAUCCUGAGAGUGUCCGCGGCGCUCAGCUGCAUCACCGGGACAUCCAUCAAAAUCACCAAAAUCCGAGCCGGCAGAAGCACACCGGGGCUCAGGCCGCAGCACCUGAGCGGCCUGCAGUUGGUCUCAGAUCUGUGUUCUGGCGGCCUGCAGGGAGCCACUAUCGGAUCCACCGACAUCAGUCUGACUCCAGGAAAGAUCCGGUCUGGAAGCCACAUGGCCGACACACAGACAGCAGGGAGUGUGUGUCUGCUGCUACAGGUAGCUCUACCUUGCGCUCUGUACGCUGACGCUUCCUCACAGCUCUGUCUGAAGGGAGGAACCAACGCAGAGAUGGCUCCUCAGAUCGACUACACUGUCAAGGUGUUUAAACCAAUCGUAGAGAAGUUUGGAGUCCAUUUUGACUGUGACAUCAGAAUGAGGUCAGUUUCCUGUGUGUGUGUGUGUGUGUGUGUGUAACUCAUAGUUGGGUAUAACGUGUUACAAAGUAACGCAUUAUACCUGGUACA